AUGGGCGUCCCCAACAAGCGAACCAUCACCAAGACGCGUAACAAGACCAGAGAUGUCGACCAGAUUAAGGCGGAUUUGCUAUCACCAAAACAUCUCGCCCAGUGGAAGGACACUAAAGCAGCUGAAGACCUUCCUGGCCUAGGGAGGCAUUACUGUGUCGAGGUCAAGCAACUCAAGGAGGAACCAUACUCGCAAAAGGAGGCCGAGGCCGCCGUCGGUUUGCGCACGGACAAUGGCAAGCCCGAGAAGGCUCAGAACGAAGAUGUCGCCAUGGCGUGA